CUUGAAUUCAGAACUGAAUAUUUACAAUUUUUUGUUGAAUGAAAAAGUUAAUUUAAUACACAAAAACGAAUAUAAAGUAUAAAGUUUGGGUUUUAAAAUAGCCUGAGAGGAAUUAACUGAUCAUUCAUUAGAUCGUACUUUAGUUAUGGAUAAUUCAAUUUGUGAAUCGGAAUCACUCGAUGGCAUGUCACUCAAUAAUUCAAUGGCACCACCAUCGCCAGUGUCACGAGAGCAGUUACAGAAACGAAUAGAUAGCCUUAAUCAACAAAAUAAAGUGUUAAAAGUAGAACUGGAUACAUAUAAGAUUCGCGUGAAGCAAUUACAAGAAGAGAAUAAGUCAUUGAGACAAGCAUCUGUGAAUAUACAAGCAAAGGCAGAACAAGAGGAAGAAUAUAUAUCAAAUACAUUGUUGAAGAAAAUUCAGGCAUUAAAGAAAGAAAAAGAAACACUCGCACAUCAUUAUGAACGAGAAGAAGAAUGUUUAACGAAUGAUCUUUCACGUAAAUUGGAUCAGUUACGACAAGAAAAAUGUAAAUUGGAAUUAACACUCGAACAGGAGCAAGAAUGUUUAGUAAAUAAGUUGAUGCGUAAGAUUGAGAAGCUUGAAGCCGAGACAUUAGCAAAGCAGACAAAUCUCGAGCAAUUGCGUCGCGAAAUGGUUGAAUUGGAGAAUACAUUAGAACAGGAGCAAGAAGCAUUAGUCAACAAGCUAUGGAAACGUAUGGACAAGCUAGAAGCUGAAAAGCGUUCCUUACAAAUUCGCUUAGAUCAGCCAACAGAGCCAGCGCACAUAAUUCAGAAAACAAUACAACAAAACUCAAAUGGUGAUGAAGCAACUGCAUUAACUACACAUAUUCAAACAUUGCGUUCCGAAGUUGAACGAUUACGUAAUAAUUUAGCGGCAGCUGAAAGAGAAAAUCUCGAAAAGACUCAACAUUAUCAGCAUGAAGAACGUCAUAUUCGUGAAGAGAACAUGCGUCUACAGCGCAAAUUGCAACUAGAGGUUGAACGUCGCGAGGAAUUGUGUCGUCACUUGUCUGAGUCUGAAAGCUCAUUAGAAAUGGAAGAGGAACGAAUUUUCAAUGAAAAUGUCGGGAUUGCACGUACUCGAACAAUUAGUUCUCCAGUUCCUGUCCAUAGUCCAUCUAGUAGUCGCCCAUUGUCACCAACUCGCUGUGGUUAUUAUUGCAAUCGCUGUGGUGCUCAGUUAUUGGGACGUCGUGAGCGUUUCAUAAAGCCAGCUAUUCCACUGCCAAACAUGGGCUUAAAUACCUCAGCACCAAACGUACUCUCAUCAUCGAUAAUUCCAAGUCAUCACUCACAAAACAACAACAAUUUUAAUAUUAACAAUAAUAAUAGUGGUGCGAAUUCAGGAAGCAAUGUAAGCUUAUCAUCAUUAAACAAUUCACUUAGCUCAUCAAGUAGUUCUACUUUACCAUCACAAAGUAGCGGAAACAUUUCAGCUUUUGUUCAACCUCCAAGUCCAAUGAUGGACUAAUAAAAGCAGUCGCUGAUGCUAAUUCCAUAAUCUGGCAUAACGUUGAGCUCCUAAGCUUCUAAUUUUUUUUAAUCAAAAUAUGAAAUAUUCUUCAGUUAUUCAUCAUCAUUUUUACUACUAUUUUUUUGCUUUAAAUUUAGCCGUACUCAACUUAUAAUAAAUCGAAGAAACAUAAUGUAACUGUCUAUAGCUAACAGUCGUAUAUCCGUACUUUCAAAUGGCUUAUCAAACAAUUUCUUUCAAUUCUUCAAUUAUAUCGCAUUAAUUAAUAUUCAAAUCUCAAAUUAUAAAAAAAAAAAUCGUGCGAAAUGUCGCGCCAUAAAAAACAUGCAUUCUAUUAAUUCGUACCCACUCGAGUCAAAUUAUCAUUAAAUUAACAUACACACAGGCAGUAUAGAGAUGAAAAUUUAUGGAAAGAAGUGGAAACUUUUUAAAAGUUAAGGUCCGUAUGCGGAUUGCUAUUGAUAUUGUUUAAUUUUAGAGUGUCAUCAAGGAACACGAAAGAAUGAUUCUUUUUUUGCAUACAUACAUAUUAAUUAGUUUAUAAAACAUGAUAAUAAAUUUAUUUUCUGAACUUGUCUUGUAUGAAAGAUUUACGGGAAAUAUCGUUUUCACAUUUUAUUCGUUUUUAAAUGAUUAAGGAUUUACUGAUUCAUGUAAAAAUGGCAAGAAAUAAAUCAAGUUUCAAAAAAUCUCAUA